CAUAUAUUACAUCCUGAUCCUCUCCUUACCCUGAGGGAUGUUAGUCGUUGUGCCGUGACCUGCAAAUUUUUUUCGGGCGUGGUCCGGAAUUCUGUUGACAUCCAAUACAAGCUUGAACUUUAUGCUCAAGGCCUCAUUAGUACUCAGAUUGCUACCAUGGACUCCGAGUCCUUCGGCAUUUCCUCAAAGAUGUGCUCACUCAAGAAAUUGGCAUCUUUGUGGCGGUCUGACUUCCCUGCGAACAUUGUUUUUGAAACAUCGUUCUAUGCUGCCGAGCCAUUAUAUUCAAUGCCCGCGAAAUACAUACCACCGAUUCAAUCAUUGAAAUGUGGGCUUUGGUGGGGGAAAAUGCACGAUUUCGUCAUUCGUGACUGUAACACGAAUCCCAAACUCUCCCAGACUUGGUCUAAGGAUGAUUUAUUUCCUCAAUCUUUGCUUCUGGGCCUUUUUACCUUCGACCCUCUGCAGGAUCUUAUGGCCCUAUUACCUUGGCCUCAUAGUUUCACUGUGACCGAUGCCGGACAAGACCACCGCGCCUCUCUAUGCAAACAAACUUUUGAUGCACCUGGUGAUUAUUUUGCUCGUUUUGAAAGAGAGCCUGAAAUCUGCGGUGAUCGUGUGUUUGUCUUCUAUCACAUAGUGGAAACAGAUGAGACACCAUUGCCUGGCAUGUUCAUACAAGUCAUUGAUUGGAGGAGGGGACACGCGAGUAAUCACAUUUUCCGUCAACCAGGUCCCCUCGAGGAAAUUCAUAUACGUGUAGUUGACGAACAGAAGAUUGUUUUCGUCAGCUCAGAAGGCUUCAUGUCCUUGUAUACGUUGCAAGGGCUUGAUGGGUCGCCUCAGUGCCGAAUUACAUGUUGUCUUCCUAAGAGCAGCCAUACAUUCUUUCCACAGAUGUUUGUUCAUGUCCCCUUAUCAUUCCAUGGCACAGCGGCUCGCCCAGAACUUAUGCCCCAUUACGUGCCCUCCCUGGAAGGCUCGUUCUUCAGCAGGGAGCGUUAUCCUAGUCAUCGACAUGGUCAUCGUCUCUGACUUGGCUUUGCACUCCGAGUCAGAGAUGCCCAUCGACAUUCCCUGGUCGGAUUGGGGACCUCAGUACACGCAC